AGUUAGAGGUGGAGUUCUUUUUUCUUGCCAGGGAUAAAAGUUUUGAAGCAACAGAGAGCUCUUCCAGAGGGAAGCUGACACCGAUACUACACUGACAAUAACUCUAUCCAGUCAGCCACGAUAUAUUGCACUCAAUGCAGCAGUAGCUGAAGUUUUUUUUCUCUUUGAGGCAACACAAGGUAUUUGCACAUAUUUUAAUUUGGCCUCCUUAUUGGUAUUUUUUUUAUACCACUUCUAUGCACAUUACCGUGACAGUAUUAAUGUUUUUUUUAUUCAUUUGUGACUGAAUUUCUUCAGUGACAAUACACUAAAGGCUGAGAAGUAACAAGCAGAGUGGACUAGAACACAACAGAGGCCAGUAAAAUGCAGGAUUACGAGGCAUCCAUCUCGUUUCUGGGGACGUGGGGCCGGUUUCAGAUGAAAGUCUUCUUCUUGCUGUGUGUCACCUGUCUUCCUGCCGGGUACAACAUCCUGUCUGUCAUCUUUCUGCUGGCUAGCCCCCCACACCAGUGUUACAUCCCAGCGCACAGGAACCUGAGCCAGGACUGGAUGCAGGCCAGCAUCCCACUGCAGGUGGCCGGGCAGCUGGAAAGAAGCAGUUGUAGCCGGUAUGAGCUGGACCUGGUGCAAAACCUGUCUGAGCUGGGAAUCAGACCCAACCUAGGCCAGAUCUACAACUAUUCUGCACUCGGAGCAAGUGCAGGGGUCAUGCUGUCCAGCCUGAAGCAGGAGGAGUGCAAAGAUGGAUGGAUCUACAGCACAGAGCACUACGAGUCGACUGUAGUCACUGAGUUUAACCUUGUGUGUGGCAACCGGUGGAAACAGCCACUGACCUCUCUCAUCUACUUUCUGGGAGGACUUUGUGGCUGUUUCCUCUCUGGACAGAUAUCUGACCGUUUUGGCAGGAAGCCUGUUCUCUUUGGUGCGAUUGCCACACUUAGUAUCUUCAGCCUUGCUUUGAAAUUUGCUCAGUCCUGGACCGUCUUUACUGUGCUCUUCUUCAUGGUUGGCAUGGGUCAGCUCACCAGCUACAUAGUUCUGUUUGUACUGGGUUCAGAGAUCCUUGUUGGCUCAUCUAGAGUUCUCUACUCCAGCAUGUGUUUACCUUUCAUGUAUGUAUUUGGUAUGAUGCUGCUUCCUGCUACUGCCUACUUGGUCAGGAACUGGAAACACCUGUCGCUGUUAAUGGCCAUGCCUGGGCUGGCCAGCCUCCCCCUCUGGUGGCUGAUUCCAGAGUCUCCUCGCUGGCUAGUGUCUAAAGGCCGUUUGCAGGAAGCAGAACUCUUGUUAAAGUCAGCGGCUCUGGAGAACGGUGUGGAAGCUCCUCCUGUUAUCUUCCUCUCUGCAAAUGUUCAACAGUCUGAUAGCAAGAAGGGUGAAACCCUCAAUUUCCUGGACCUCCUAAAGACCAAAAGCAUUCGAAGUGUAACACUCAUACUUUGGUUUCUCUGGCUUUCUACGAAUGUGACCUACUUUGGAUUGUCAUUCAAUAUGUCUACCCUCUAUGGCAACCCCUUCCUGAAUUACUUCUUGCUGUCAGCCGUUGAGCUACCAGCAUACACUGUCAGCUCGCUAAGUGCAUGCAGGCUUUCCCGCCGCCUGUCUUUUAUCAGCUUCUCCCUGCUGGGGGCGCUAGCACUCUUCCUCAUCCAGGUCACUCUGCACAGCCAUCCAGCUCUCACCCUGUUCCUGGUGCUGCUGGGUAAAUUUGGCGUUCUGGUUGGCACGGGCAUUUUGUAUAUGUUCACUGGAGAGCUCUCUCCCACAGUCAUCAGAAAUACAGUGAUGUCAUCCUGUGCCAUGCUCUCCAGAGUGGGGUCCUCUGUUUCCCCAUACCUACUGCAGCUGGCUGUGUUCUACGAGUUCCUGCCGUGGAUGCUUGUGGGUUCUCUGUCACUUGUCAGUGUCGUGCUCUGCUUUUUUCUUCCGGAGACCUUCAGAGAGCCGCUUCCCGACACCAUCGAUCAGAUGCAAGCAAUUCAGAGAUUCAGGUGGCCGUGUGCCUUCAAGCCACCCCAGAAGGAUGACAUGAAAUCAGCUAAAGACCAAACUUCUCUGCCUGAGAUCAUCUGUUCAACGCGCUUUUAAGACUUCGGACACAGAAAUGGAUGAAGCUGCCUUCACCAACGCUACCACCAACACCAGAAUGUGAAACAUUAGACCUUAGUCCACUCUGACAGGAUAGUUGUGCUGUUUUCUGUCUCCAUCAUCUUCAAAGACUGUGAGAGAAACCGUAGAACUUCCAGCGAUACAACAGCUUCUCUUUCCACAUUACAGAUGAGAACAAGGGGAGCUAAUACACAAUGAGUGUAUUUUUUUUUUUACCUUUUAAAAGCAAAGGGGGGUAAAAAGUGAUCUGUUUACCACGAUGAAGGUCAAGUUUAGUGUUUUUCCUCCAUCGUUUGAAACACCUGUGCCUUUGAGAUAAACAUUAUUGUCAGUCAUAUGAACAUGAAUGUGUUUAAGAAAUAAAGAUCACAAAAUAUACAUUUCAGAUGAAGA